UUAUGUAGGCGGACCCUCAUCUGAGUCAUGACAACGACUGCAAUCCGAUUUAGUUGAUGAUCGGCUUUCAAGGCGUUCGUUUGUCUGUUUUUCUACCUGGUAUUUCGGAUAUGUCUCCACCUAAGCCGAUCUUGUACUACGACGAUCGCAGUCCCCCGGUGCGCAGUUGUCUUAUGCUAAUUAAGCUGCUGGAUAUUGAUGUGGAGCUACGGUUUGUGGACCUCUUCAAGGGCGAGCAGUUCCAAAAAGACUUUUUAGCGUUAAAUCCUCAGCACAGUGUUCCCACUUUGGUGCAUGGUGAUCUGGUUCUGACCGAUAGCCAUGCUAUACUUAUUCACCUGGCGGAAAAGUUUGACGAAAGCGGUAAUCUGUGGCCCCAGGAGCACGGAGAACGAAUGAAAGUCCUGAACCUUCUGCUCUUCGAAUGCUCCUUUUUGUUCCGGCGUGACAGUGAUUUUAUGUCGGCGAUUGUCCGCCAGGGAUUUGCCCAAGUCGACGUGGCGCACCACGAACGGAAGCUGACCGAGGCGUAUAUCAUCAUGGAGCGCUACCUGGAAUGUGGCGAUUAUAUGGCCGGGCGCCAGCUGACGCUCGCCGACUUUUCCAUCGUGACCACACUGAGCACCGUCAAUCUCAUGUUUCCCCUGACGCAGUUCCCACGUCUGCGACGCUGGUUCACCACGAUGCAGCAGCUGGAUGCCUACGAGGCCAACUGCAGCGGAUUGGAGAAGCUGCGCCGCACGAUGGAAAGCGUCGGGAGUUUCCAGUUCCCAUGCUCAUCCUCCGCCUCCUCCGCCGAGGAUAUGAAAUAGUUCUAUAUGGUUAUUAAAUGGUGUGUUUAAUUUGGCAUAAGCCUGGGGUGUAAUUAAAAGUUUGCUUUUCAGGAGAAAGGUAUACAGUGGGAUCUGUCAAAAAACUUUUUGGUAAAGAGAUGCGAUAGUUUACUUUAUAUAAUAUAUACACUUUUCAGAAAUUAAA